UGACUGAGUUAUUAUACAUGAAAUUAAUCUUCGAGCAGUAAUGAUAUUGUUUUAUAGGACUCGGAGCCGGUUGCACUAUUCUGUUUGUCUUUAAAUGAUGGCGCAUUAUCGUUUGUUAUGGACAUUAGCUUGAGGUCGAUGUCCUUAGUACUACAUGAAUGACAAUUUUCAGACAGCUUGCUUUCAUUUCGUUUCAUUCAUUGUCAAAGGAUGAUACGGUGUUGUCGCGUCCCGAGCGCUCGCUGGAGGGGUGGAAAACUCCAUUGAAGCGAAUAGUGUGUGAUAUUUGUGCCAGUGAUUUAUAAGAAAAUAUAUUUCGUGUUGUGGUGUCAUGGUUUUUUUGCACUUUGAUCAUUCGUGCUUUUGAUUUUUUAGAAAGCUCAAUACAUAUCGAAUUACCAACGCCAACCAAACAGAAGACUGAUAUACAAUAUACACUACAUGCUAUGUAGAAUUAUACAAUAACAUUCCAAUACAACGCGGCAUGAGCGGCGGCCAUUUUGUGAACUCGUAGAAACAAGAUGGCGACGGCAGUGAAGACGGUGGUGGAGGCCGACGAGGCCGAGAAGCUUCUGGAGAAGAACAGGGUGACUGUAGUGCCGCAGGAGGAUGGUUUGGUGUCAGUGAAGAGCUCGAAGAAAGUAAAACUACCAGAGGAUGAAUCGGCAACGGUCGGCGGUGGUCGGUUCACCAUCGGCCCGGCGCCCGAGCGCGACUGGGAGAUGGUGCCGCCAGACGGGAAGUGGGGAUGGUGCAUUCUCGUAGGUGCAACGCUAGUGAACAUCCUGAUCCCGGGAACGAUCAAGUCCUUCGGCGUGCUGCUGGUGGAAUUCAACGACGUGUUCCAAGCGUCCGCCUCCGCCUCCAGCGGAGUGGUGGCCCUGUGCUACUUCCUCUACAGCAGUCUAGGUCCUCUAUCCUCCAUCCUGUCAGUGAAAUGGUCUUACCGGACGGUGACCCUCCUUGGAGGGACCUUCGCUGCCUUCGGCAUGAUAUUCAGCAGUUGGGCCUUCAACAUUAGCUACCUUUACUUCAGUUUCGGCGCGCUAGUAGGCGCGGGCGCGGGUCUCGCCUUCCCCCCGACCGUGUACAUCGUGACGUCAUACUUCGUCCGUCUGCGCGGCCUCGCCAACGGUAUCUGCAUGUCGGGCUCCGCGUUCGGCUCCAUCAUACUACCGCCGGUGCUGCGGUACCUACUGGAGACGUACGGAUACAAAGGGGCAGUACUGAUCCUCGGCGGGAUAAUGCUGAACGUGUGGGCGGCGGCGCUGCUGUUCCAACCCGUGGAGGAGCACAUGGUCCGCAAAUAUAAGGAGCCUGAGGAGGAAGAGGACAACCCGCAGCUGGAACCGUUCAUAGAAGAAGAGGUGCCCGACUUAGAAGACGCGGAACAUCCCAAAGUCCUCGUCACUAGCGAAGCGGACACCCCCUCGGGAGGUGACCGGGUCACCAACGGCUCACCCCCCAUCUACCCCUCCCAUGGUAACCUGGAUGAGAAGAACUUCUACCGGUCCGCUAGCGCAGCCUUAGUAGGCAAGGAACAUGAAAGGUAUAGGAAAAUAUCAGCCCCAGCCAACUCUAAACACGGAUUACAGCAUAUAUCUAGUAAAGUAUCUACUAUGCCUAGCAAUCCGUCUUUGCUAGAAUCUGUACCUGAAGGUAAAGCUAGCAGAGUCAACUCUACAGACGCUUUUGGCAAGAAGCUAACUAUACCUAAGACACCUAAGCGUAGCCCGUCCACAUCCAGCUUCCAGUACAUGUCUACACCUUUCCAUGGCUCAACUUUAUCAGCGUUUGAAAAGCCAAGUGAAUUCGCGAGUCAAUUCAGUCUAAAAUCGGUAACAGAGAGCUUAGCUCCUAUUACAUACUGCUGCGGAUGCCGAAAGAAGGACACUAAGAAAGAACCUAGCAAAUACUUCGAUUUACAGUUGUUGAAAGACCCUAUAUAUUUAGUUAUCUUAUUUUCUAACUGUACCAACGCUAUUUCUUAUACAAACUUUAUAAUACUUGUGCCGUCUUACGCUAAAGAAUGCGGGUUCGAUAAGAGUUUGGGAGCGUAUCUAUUGUCAAUUAUAUCAUUGUUAGACUUAGCUGGUCGUAUAGGAGGCUCCGCCAUAUCUGACGUAGUGGCCACACCUAAGCGGUACUUCUUUAUAUUCGGUUUAUUACUUUCAGGGCUAAGUUUAGCAGUAUUACCUUUGUUUACAAGCUACGUAGCUAUAAGCGUCUUCUGUUCUAUCUUCGGAUUAGCCUCUGGGAUAAACACGGGCGUGACAGCAUUAGUUAUGACUGAGAUGUUAGGUACGGAGCGUCUAAUGUCUUCAUACGGUAUUAGUUUGUUUAUAAACGGUAUACUUCAGUUAGUGGGACCGCCUAUUUGUGGGUUUUGGUUCGAGUACACGCAAUCUUACAAAUCCUUGUUUGUGACUCUGGGGCUGAUAUUGGUGGGCGGCGGAUGCCUGUGGGGAUUCGUACCUAUUAUAAAUAACAGUAGAAGAAAGCAGAAGAUGCGUUUAGAAGCCGGCUUGAAAGCGUAGUUUCGAAUUUUGAGUGAAUUUCGGUUUGUUGGUGGUUAUACAGCUGUUAUGCGUGCAUAUGUGACCGUUUUGAUAGUCGUGAUGUACUUAAAUUGCCUCACUUGAAUUGAAUUUAAUUCGUCCGCUGGGCAAAUCGAAUUUAUUUAGCUAAGGUCUAUUUUGGUAUGUUUGCUGGGCUUUUUCCACAUUUUUGUACUGAACACUUUUCUCUCAGAACUACCUAACUUCUUCGAGAGAUUUCUUUUUUACCAGGACUUUUUUUUUUUAAAAGCCUGCAUCAUUGUAUGGAAAUUAAAUUUCUGGUGCGGGACUUACAUUUCAGGGUCGGUCCUAUAGUAAAAGUUGCUCAGUAUAAUCCCAAAACCUCCCUGGCAACGGGAAUGCAGUAAUUUUUAGCCACCCUGUAUAUGUAGCCAUAAAAGUUACCUAAACCGUCUUGUACAAUGUACAGUCAACAACAUAGCUAUGAAUACAGGCAAAGUGUCAAA